UCUAAUAAUCCAUCGUUAGGGCUGUCAUAUGCUAUAUUUUAAAGCAUGCUUCUUUUAGGUGAUGAGUGAUGACAAGUUUCAUAGACCUUUAACUUAAGUUGUAAACGUCUAACCUAUAUAUUUCCUAUUUUACAUGAGUCUUGCUAAGCUAUUCGAUUUGAAACAUAGAUCCGUUUUUAUGGCAUUCCUACAUUUAACCGCUAUGUAAGUAAGAUAACACAUUGCUACAUUUGCCGCCCCUAGCGAGGAGUCGUGAUGGCAAAUUACCCCUUUUCACAAUCCGAGGCAUGUGAGAGGAGUGAGGUAAAUGUGGCUUGGUCUUACAUGAGCCCACAAUCUUCGACGACGUCAUCAGUCAUCGGCUGGUAUCUAGGUAAUCAUAAAGCAGCUGAGUUCGCAGACCUAGCGCGCAACUACUAUGUAAAAACAUGCGACUAAUACAGACUAUCAUUCAUUAAUUACUUAGGGGAUAGGUACGUACGUGGCUUUUAUCGCAUUGGAUUGUUUAUCGCAUUGAUCUCAUUAGGAAUGGUUGUGAAGCAGCUUUCCAAUCCCCUAUCGCCUCACCGGAGAGAUUGAACAUAUAAAUACUAAUGGGUAGGCUCGUGGGUUUUUGCUUUUUCCAGAUACGAUGAUUCUGGGUUCCGUUUCGUACUUGGAUUGCAUUGUUUUCUGCGUAUUUCUGGCACCGCAGCUGAUCAUACACGCCGGGUUGCUCGAAACCGUAUUAGUGGGUUUACAAUGCUUGCCCUUUUUAUUAUUUCAAUUACCUUUUGAGCUGAUCCGCGAACGCUACUUUGUCGGAUAUGAGCAGCAAUCUCCAUUCGUACAGAAGGCAUCCCCAUUUGAAGACCUCGUCAUCCGGUGUGUUCGCUAUGCGUUUGCAAACAUACCUCCUGAGAUUGGGAGGGUGUUCUUUUCCAAGCCGGUGGCUCUGCCAUUCCUAAAGUUUAGAAUGUUGCGGCAUGGCUAUUUAAGAUGUCCCAUAUAUUGGCAUGAGCAUAAUCAUAAGCGUUUCAAAGGAUUAUGGAUCAUCAAGGAUCCGACAGCAAAACCUGAUGUUUGCAUAUUUUACGCGCAUGGGGGUGGCUUCUCGAUGGGCUCGGCAUACUUUUACCUCGAGUUUCUGCUCACAUGGCUGAGCCUAUUGAAUGAUAGCGGAUAUGAGAACCCAGCUAUCUUUGCUCUGGAAUAUUCGCUGGUCCCCGAUGUCAACUUUCCAACGCAGCUUGAAGAAGCCAUCGCCGGCUACGAGCAUGUGCUCUCAACGGUGCAAGAUGCUGAUAGGAUUUGCGUCAGCGGAGACUCAGCUGGUGCUACCAUUGUACUCAGCUUGCUGCUCCAUCUUUCUCAUAUCGGCCGCCACCUUGAAAAGAUGAAUAGACCUACCGGGGCGUGGCGCCUGGGAAAACCUGGGAUGGCAGUACUUAUUUCACCUUGGGUAACGCUGGUCUCUAGCAAGCAUCAAAAUACCACAAGUGACUACCUUAACACCGAAACCCUGCAUCGAUAUGCACACCAGUACGCAGGAGAGAAAGUGUCGGUCAACGAUCCGCUUUUAUCACCGGGCAAUUGUAGAGACGUUUCGUGGUGGAAGCAUGCGGCACCCUCGAGAGGCAUAUUUGUGGCUUACGGUGCUGAGGAGGUCUUCGCGCCCGAAAUUUCAGCUCUUAUUAGCUUCUUGGAGGAAAAUGACAUAAAAGUUCACAGUAGAGAGGAAAAGGGGGGAAUUCAUGCUUGGCCGAUAGCCUGUGUAUUUCUUAGUAGCUCACCAAGCAAUAGGAAAAAAGGACUAAAGUCUUUGGUGAAGGAAAUUCGAGAUAAUAUUCAUUAGGCAGAUAUCUAAACCAAAUCUAAUAUCUAAUAUCUAAUAUUUAAUAUAAU